AUGGACGCAACCACACAAAUCCGCAACGCCCUCCACUCCCAAUCCUUCCCGACGCCCUCCGUCCCCUGGACCACGACCCUGACCUCGCGCGUCCCGACCCCGCCGCUGCCCUCCCUCAUCGCGACCGCCAAAGCGCGCCUCCUCGCCUCGGACCUCACGACGCCCAACCUGCUCGAUCCCUCCUCGUCAGCGACAUUCCCGCCCGCGGCGACGGACCCGCAGACGCCGGAGACGACGCUGCCCCGCGACGUCCCCUGCCAGGUCGUCGACGUCGAGAACCUGGCCCUCUCGCGCUGGGAGCAGGUCGAGGAGCUCGAGGCCGUGGCGCGCGGCGAGAUGACCACCGGCCGGCGCGUGGUGCGGCUGGCUGCGGCCGAGGAGCAGGCCGAGUACGAUAACGUCGACGAGGGUGCUCCGGGGCGGACGCAGGCGGCGGCAGCGGCGCCGCAGCAGAGGAAGAAUGCGACGCACAGGCUUGUGCUGCAGGAUUGCAAGGGGCAGAAGGUGUAUGCGAUGGAGCUGAGGCGGGUGGAGAGGAUUGGGGUCGGGGUUACGAAUAUCGGCGAGAAGGUCAUGCUCAAGGCUGGGACGGUGGUGGCGAGGGGCACGGUGCUGCUUGAGCCGGAGAAGUGUGUGAUGUUGGGAGGAAAGGUUGACGCAUGGCAGAAGGCGUGGAUGGAGGGGCGGAUUGCGAGGUUGAAGGAGGCUGUCGGGGCUGAUCGGCCGUAG